UUGCCACCCCCUUCUCGGCGGUGUCAGUUGUCUUAUGCCUCAGAUUUCCAUGGAGUGAAACUAUAAAAAGGUCACCGGGAGCACCGGGAAGAUCACUGCAGUCGACUCGACUCUUGUCUGUAUCAUCUGUGCCCUGCGAAGCAAAAGACACCAAAAGAUCAAAAUGGCCUUCAAAGGUGUACUGGAUGAUGCUAAAAUCACUGCAGCCCUGGAAGAGUGCAAAAAACCUGAGUCAUUCUGCCACAAGAAGUUCUUUGGGACUUGCGGUCUGUCCGCCAAGUCCCCCGCGGACGUCAAGGCGGCCUUUGAUAUCAUCGACCAGGACAAGAGCGGUUUCAUUGAGGAGGAUGAGCUGAAGCUGUUCCUGCAGACCUUCAAGGCAGGCGCUCGCUCUCUGACUGAUACCGAGACCAAGAAUCUCCUCAAGGCCGGUGACACCGACAAUGACGGCAAGAUUGGUGCUGACGAGUUCGCUUCCAUGGUGAAGGUAUAAAAUGGCAACUGACCAACAACACCUGCUCUGAUGGAACAACGAAGCCCACGUCGACCUCCCCCAUUUCAUCUGAAUAUAAAUAAUUUUUAUACAUUUGCUUAAGAGACGUUUCCUCAACCACACUGUCCAACGAAAAAAAAAUUAUGAUGAUUGUGAAUGUCGCUCGGUUUUGUUCAUGUCUUAAAUAUCAAUUUUGCUUACUGUAAAAUCUGUCAUGCACUUUCCAGGAACGAACGGGAAAUAAAAAGAAUAAAUAUUC